CUGAGGUCACUUCCUGGAUGGAGUAGCUCCGAUUGAUUCUCUUUAGUGUUUGCCCUGUUCGCCUGUUUCUCAUCACAACACCAACAUUUAAUUUAAAAAAGAAACCUAAAAUAGACCAGAAUCAAAAAACCCAAGCACCCCAGCUCAUGGAUUAAGGAACAUUUAGCUGUGGGACUGAAGGACAUAGAGGUAGAGCUUUGCUGUCUCUCUCAAACCUACACCGAACCCCCUCUGCUGUGUGCCGUGAAGCUCUUUGAAACUGGAAACCGAGAUGUCCCAAGUUCAGGUCCAGAACUCUUCCCCUGUCCUCCUGUCUGCUGGGAGCCCCAUGCAGAGCACUCCUCAGCCCCUGAAUCCUGCAGUCUACCAGUCUGUGAUGAGUAUCCCUUCUGCUUCUGGGCCUCUGCCCUCUGAAAACGCCGGCCAUCCUAUCAAAAACUCUGCCCUCCCCUCCGCUUCUGCCACUCCCAUCAAUUCAGCUGCAGUUCCUAACAUGGCAAACCCCAAAGAGAAAACCCCAAUGUGUCUCGUGAAUGAGUUAGCCCGCUUUAACAAGAUUCAGCCUGAGUACAAACUUUUGAGUGAGCAAGGACCAGCUCACUCCAAGGUGUUUACAGUGCGGCUGACUCUAAAUGAACAGUAUUGGGAAGCUGAGGGAACCAGCAUUAAGAAGUCUCAGCAUGCAGCAGCCGCCAGAGCCCUGGCAGAAACCACGCUCCCAAAGCCCAGUGUCCGCCCCCCUCGCCACACAGGCAAGAAUCCAGACAGCGUGACCCACACAGUGGAGCUAAAUGCACUCUGUAUGAAACUUGGAAAGAAGCCCAUUUACAAGCCCACUGACUCAUAUCAUGGAAUGAGGCCCAAUUUCAACUACAACGUUAGGCCCCCUGGCCCCUAUCCAAGGUACUACUACCCAUUCUCCUCAGUAGGGCCAGUGCUGUACCAGAUGGAAUUGUCAAUUGGGGGGCAGCUGUUCCAUGGCAAAGGAAGAACCAGACAAGCUGCAAAGCAUGACGCAGCCGCCAAAGCGCUGAAAGCCCUCCAGAAAGAGCCCCUGCUGGAAAAGGAUCUCCAGGUCAAUGGGGAAGUGUCUUCUGAUGAGAACCUCAACAAAUCUGAAAUCAGUCAAGUGUUUGAAAUUGCACUGAAGAGGAACAUGCCUGUGAACUUUGAGGUGUUGAGGGAGACUGGUCCCCCACACAUGAAGAGCUUUGUAAUGAAAGUAUCUGUAGGAGACUUUUCCGGGAAUGGGGAAGGCAAGAGCAAAAAGAUUGCCAAGAAGAACGCUGCUGCUGCUGUGCUGGAGGAGCUGAGGAAACUCUGUCCGCUUCCCAGUGUGGAGAAAGUACAUCCCCGCAUUAAAAAGAAAACUAGGUCCAUAGUCAAGUUGCAGACUAGCCCAGAAUAUGGGCAGGGAAUGAACCCCAUUAGCCGUCUGGCUCAGAUCCAGCAAGCCAAGAAAGAGAAAGAGCCCGAGUACAGCCUGGUCACAGAAAGGGGGCUUCCUCGGCGCAGGGAGUUCAUCAUGCAGGUUCAAAUUUGUGACCAAACCGCAGAAGGGAUGGGUCCCAACAAGAAGGUGGCUAAGCGCAAUGCAGCUGAGAAGAUGUUGGAGCUAAUGGGAUUUAAAGUGCCUCAGCCACAGCCCACAAAACCUGCGCUCAAAAAUGAUGAAAAGGUUCCAGUGAAGAAACCUGGAGAUGGAAGAAAAGUGACCUUCUUUGAGCCAGGCUCUGUUGAGGACAGAGCUAGAGGUAACAGAGAGGAUGACUUCCGGAUGCCAUACAUGAGCCACCAGCAGCUUCCAGCUGGGAUCCUGCCUAUGGUCCCUGAAGUGGCCCAGGCAGUUGGGGUCAGCCAAGUACAUCACACCAAAGACUACAGCCGCCCCCCAAUCAACCCGGCCAAGGCCACCAUCACAGCAAUGAUUGCCAGGGAGCUCCUGUAUGGGGGCACCUCUCCUACUGCUGAGACGUUACUGAAAAGCAACAACAACCUGGUGCACCUUCCACACGGACCGCUCACCCGACCCUCCGAACAGCUCGACUUCCUGACCAAAGUGCAGGGGCUGCAGGUCGAGUAUAAAGACUUUCCUAAAAACAACAAAAAUGAGUUUGUGUCUCUGAUAAACUGCUCCUCCCAGCCACCCCUGAUCAGUCAUGGAAUAGGAAAGGAUGUGGAGUCCUGCCAUGAUAUGGCUGCUCUUAAUAUACUGAAGCUGCUGUCAGAGCUGAACCAGCAAACUCAUGACAGAUCUGGAAAUGGACCAAUUUCUGUAUGUGGAAAACAAGAAAUGGAAAGUGAGCGUCUUCUUAAACAGGCUAACUCUAACCCCAUGGGCAAAACACUGGAUGGGACCGCGUGAACGGCUUUUGACUUGAGAAGGGAGGGGGAAAAAAGCACCAGAGAAAAUCAGAGGCUUACUGUUUAUGCAACUCAACUGUUUUAGAGGGCUACAGCUAAUGAGCCACUGUAGUAUCUAAAUCAUCACAGUUGCUAAUCCUAUUUUUAGAUGUUCAGUUAAACAACUUUGAUUAAAAAAAAAAAAAAAAAAAAGUUCAUUUUUUUUCUCAAUGUUUAAUUGCAUACAUUUAUUUAUUUUAUUUUUUUCUAGAAAUAUAAAUAGUUGAUUCAAAGAUUAGCUAAAUCAUAUUCAAGCAUGUGGUUUGGGUUUUACAGUAAAUGUUUUACAGAGCGAGUUUUGAAGAGAAGCAUUUUUUUAUUUUUAUCUUUUUUUUUUUGUAAAGUUCGAUUGAGGUUCAUUAGAAUAACAUUAGAAUUUUUGUUUCUCCUAAACCAGUUUUUAACCCCAAGCUUAGUCUUCAAUGAGGGGGUGUUCUUUUGUUGAAUUAGCAGUGGGUACGGUUCUUAUACUACAAUGCUGGAUAUGAUAAAGCUAAAAUAAAAAAAGCUAUUGAUUUUCCUUGAGUGCUUUAAGAAAAGUGUUUAACUACAUCUCCAUGUAGGGCUGAAAAAGUUUUUGUGAAUUGUAAUGUUUGUGUUGUCAUGUGUUUGCUUGCAGCAAUGCAGGUGACAGUUUCUAUUGCAUGCGAUCCAAGCACGUUACCUUUCUUGUAAUGCUUCAACUUGUCAAUGUUAACCAUAAACUUUUUUCUCCCCAUGGAAUGUAAGUAAAACCUGUGUGCCUUAUGCACCAAAUAAAAAAGAAAAAAAUG